UUCCGAUACUGGUUUCGUCCUUCCUUACUUUGACUAACGACAAUGGCUGCCCGACAAGCGACGAUAUCUCGGAAUACAGCUGAGACUCAGAUCGAAGUCUCCAUAAAUCUUGACUGUGGACCGGGAUCUGCUUCGCUCCAGACCAUUGAUAUUUCCACUGGGAUAGGCUUCUUGGAUCAUAUGUACCAUGCGCUGGCGAAGCAUAGCGGCAUGUCUCUGACGAUGAAAUGCAAGGGCGACCUUCAUAUCGAUGACCACCAUACAGCAGAGGACAGCGCCAUAGCAUUAGGCACCGCAUUCAAGCAGGCUUUAGGCGAGGUCCGGGGCAUACGUCGGUAUGGCACGGGUUUCGCACCACUGGAUGAGGCUCUGUCGAGGGCAGUCAUUGAUAUCUGUUCACGACCAUACUGCGUUACUGAGCUGGGUCUCAAACGCGAGAAGAUUGGCGACAUUGCGACGGAGAUGUUCCCUCACAUCUUCUACUCUUUCUCAAUCGCCUCGGGCGUUACCCUCCACAUCGAUGUUCUAAGAGGUCAAAAUGAUCAUCACCGGAUCGAGUCUGCAUUCAAAGCGCUUGCUUUAGCGAUCCGCCAGGCUAUCGAGCGGACGGGCGGUAAUGAUGUACCUAGCACGAAAGGUGUCUUAUAGUCCAUCUCCGAAUGAUCAGCCCAAACAUCAUCUCGGC